AUGGAAUAUAAAAUAAUCUGUAGAAUAUGCAGUAUGCCAAUUACGAUAAGUGUUCUUAAAUUACAUAACGAAGCUUGUAAAACAUAAGCUGAGUUUAGAAAAGAGGAGAUCAAAUUGAGUUUGUAAGUAGCUAAAAUUUGUGAAAAAGCUUAUAAAAAAAAGCACUAAAUUCAUACAAAGGGAUAAAAAUAGUAUUAUUGUUUUAUCUAAAUAGUCUUAAUUCUCUUAGAUUGAUAUGGGAUUAGAUGUCAUAUGAGUAUACUUAGGAAAUUUAUUGGGAAUAUAAGUUACUAUAACUCUUAAUUUCUUAUGGGGAGAGAACAUUAAAUUAGGAGGUUGAUAUUAAAUGUAAUUAAAUAAAUCACUAUUUUAGAUCAUCUUAUUUCUCAAAAAGAAUUUAUGUAAGCCUAACAAAUAAUAAGUAACCCUUAUAUUUUGAAUUUGAUAGAGCAAAUGAAUAGACUUAUAAAAUAAAGAUUGAAUUUAUGUUAUAAAAGUAAGAAGUAUUCAAAGAAUAUAAGUUAAAUUUCAAACCAUUCCAAGCAUAUCUUUUAGAAUAAGCAAGUUCAGUAAAGACAAUCCAAAAUCAAAUAGUAAGAAUAAUAACAGAAUGAAUUAAUUUUCUGAAUAUUUAAACUCUUCAAAGUAUAAAUUUAUGACAUCAAUCAAGUUUUUCCGAAGAUACACAAUCAGAUAAUAAAAGUAUUUCUCAAUCAGAUACUCCACUUAAAUCUAUAUCUAUAAUUAAUAAUUUUAAGAAAUAAGUUAAACUAUCCAAACUCUUUUAAAGACAAUCAACUUUUUCAUCAGAAGAAGAAUAGAAUUUAGAAAAACCAAAACUUAGAUAACAAAUAAAAAAGAAAAGUUAUUUUUCGAAAAUAGGAAGUUCAGAUAGUGAAACAGAUGAUAAUACUAGUAAUAUUAUACAGGAUAAUAAAUUUAUAAAUAAGUAAAAUGAUUUGAAUUUUGAAUCUAUCUGUUUUCUUGAAUUUUAAAGAGGAUAAUAUUCAGAUACUGAAAUUAUCAAAUUAGAUAUUAGAAAUAAAAUAAAGGAAAACAAUGUUGGUUUAAAAGACUUUAUUUUUAUAAGAUAAAUAGGAUAAGGAGCUUAUGGUAAUGUUUUUUAAGUAAAAAGAAAAGAAACUGGAGAUUUAUAUGCAAUGAAAAUAAUUAAUUGUUGUAAUAAACAAUUUGAAAGAUUAUUAGAAUAACUUAAAUAAGAAAGAAAUAUAUUUGAAAUCUUAAGUGGUGAAUAUGUAGUAAAGGCUUAUUAUUCUUUUUAACAUGGAUCAUCUUUAUGUUUUGUUUAAGAAUUAUUAAUAGGUGGAGAUUUUUCUAAAAUUCUUAUAAAUGAAGGAGUAAAUAAUACUGAUUAUUUUAGGCUUUUGAUGAGAAUAUAGCUCGACAUUAUUUUUCAGAGAUUUUAAUGGCUUUGGAAUAUUUACAUAAUAAUGAUAUUGUUCAUAGAGAUUUAAAACCAGAAAACAUACUUUUAGAUUAAUAAGGACAUAUAAAAUUAGCAGACUUUGGUCUUAGUGAAUUGGGAAUUAAUAAAAAAAUGAUUAAGAAAUGUAGUCAAUAAAAUUUUACAGAAAGUGAUUCAUCUCUAUCCCCUAUUUAUUAAAUGAAAAAAAGUUAAUCAUUUCGAACAUCUAAAAUUUUAUAAGAAAAUGCUAAAAUAAGAAUUAUAGGAACUCCAGAUUAUAUUGCUCCAGAAAUAAUUAGAGGCUAAUCUUUUUCUCAUAAAUCUCAAGAUUUUUGGGCACUUGGAAUCAUUUUAUAUGAGUUUCUAGUUGGAAUUCCACCUUUUAAUGAUGAAUCUAUUGAUAAAAUUUAUUAAAAUAUAUUGAAUGGAAAUAUUGAUUGGCCAGAAUUAGGUGUUAAUUCAGAUGAUUAAAUUUCAGAAUAAGCUUAUGAUCUUUUAAAAAAAUUAUUACAUCCAGAUUACACAUAGAGAUUAGGAUAUGGUUCUAUUGAUGAAAUCAAAAAUCAUCCUUUUUUAGCAUCCAUUAAUUGGGAAUAAUUAAGAAAUACUCCUGGUCCAAUUAUUCCUUAGAUAAAUUAAAAUUCUUAACCUUUUGAAAAUGUGGCUGAAAAAGUUUAAAAAUAUUUAAAUAAAGGAGAAACAAAAUAAAUUCAAAUUAUUUAUAAAUUAUAAGAAGAAUUAGAAUAUUUGGAAAGGAUUGAUUUGUUGGUGGCUAAGAAUGAAAAUGAGGCUUAAUUGAUUUUAUAAUAAUUAUAAUCAUUUUCAUGA